AUGCCCCACAAUACACAAGAGCAGGAGCCGCUUAAGGUCGCAGUCCUGGGCGCCGCCGGCGGCAUCGGACAAUCCCUGUCUUUACUUCUCAAAACUUGGCUCGGCCCCGUGGCGGCCGCGGCCGCGGGUGCGGCCGCACCCGCGGCCGCACCCCGCACAGGGGUCAUCAAGAUCGCAAUGUACGACGUUAACCGGGACGCAGUCCGCGGCGCAGCCGCGGACCUUUCCCACAUCGAUACCCCGGUCGCCGUCUCGGCGCACGCCGGAGACGACAUCGGAGAUGCACUCAGGGGCGCGGAGCUCGUGGUGAUCCCCGCGGGCGUGCCGCGGCGGCCCGGAAUGACGCGUGACGAUCUGUUCGCGGUUAACGCGCGCAUCGUCGCGACGCUCGCAGACGCCAUCGCAGCGCAUUGCGAUCUCUCCCGCACGUUCGUGCUGCUGAUCUCCAACCCGGUGAACUCGCUCGUGCCUGUGCUGCAGGAACGGCUCGUGCAUGCGUCGGGCAGAUCCCCGCAUGACGUCGCGCAGCGCGUCUUUGGGCUCACGCAGCUCGACGCGGUACGCGCGUCGACAUUCCUGCACGAAGCCGUGCCCCAAUGGACACCCGAAAUGCCCUCUGUGCCUGUUGUGGGCGGCCACUCGGGCGAGACCAUUGUGCCGCUGUUCUCGCUGGCGACGCGCGCUGCAGACACCAUAACGGCCGAGGCGCGUGAGCGGCUCGUGCACCGCGUGCAGUACGGCGGCGACGAAGUGGUCGAGGCCAAGAACGGCGCGGGCAGCGCCACGUUGUCGAUGGCGUAUGCCGCGGCUCGCAUCACCUGCAAGUUUGCAGAUCUGCUGCUGGGGCUCGUCCCAGAGCUGCACGACACGCUCUACGUGCGUGUUCGCGUGCCGGGCCAGCUUCUGGCGCCCGGCGCACAGGAUCUGCUCGAAACCUUGGCGGGUAUCACUGCCGGCGGCAACGGCGCCGCAGGCACCGCAGGCACCGCUGCAGGCACAGUCGCGUACUUCUCGGUGCCGAUCACGGUAGGCACGCGCGGUAUCGUAAGCGUCGACGCGCUGCCGCUGCAGCGCGCCGACGAGUUCGAGCGCAAGGCGCUGGCGGUGUGCCUCGGCCAGCUCGGCGGCAAUAUCAAGAAGGGCCAGAACUUUGUCGCGAACCUCGGCGGCAGCCCUGCCGCCACGGCCCGCACCAGCACGGUCUGA